CAGGUUCCUGUUGCAUGUAAAUCAUGUCCCUGCGGCUACAUAUUUAUUAGUCGAAAACUCUUGCAUGCUAAACGUGCUGAGAGAUCACCACCCAUCACAGAAAACAAGAGUGAGGCCAAAAGGAGACGGACAGAGAGAGUUAAGCGAGAGAAGAUAAAUUCUGCAGUAAGUAAAGACUUAGAAAACCGAAAAAGAUCCAGGUCUAACAGCCAUUCAGAUCACAGCAGACGAGGAAGAGGAAGACCUAAGAGUGCCUCAGCCAAAAAGCAUGAAGAAGAAAGAGAGAAACAAGACAAAGAAGUUGACAUGUAUGCUAACCUUUCAGAUGAAAAGGCCUUCGUAUUUUCAGUGGCCUUGGCGGAAAUAAACAGAAAAAUUAUCAAUCAAAGACUUAUUCUGUAGCUUGUAACCGCAAUCUGAUGCAUUUAUAUGCAGAAUGGCUAGGAUAUUUCCAAGGUGUCGUGGACUCUCAGAAAAUGUAUUGUCUGCACCGACAAGGACCAUAGUAUUUCCUGUUAAAAUUCUGCUGCUGUUCUUGGAAAUCGAAUUCUGUCUCUACAAGUCAGAAAGAACAUGUUCAUGAGCUUAUGCUAUGAAAAAUCAGAAAGGAGAUAUGUUUUACACCUUGAAGAUAAACGCUAGACAAAUGCACAGAGAGACUGCACCCAUUCCAGAGCACUUCUUUUAAAUUUGCUGCCAGAAAUGCAAUAUUUUAAAUAUUUUCAUAAAUAAAUGAUUUUCCUUUUAAAGUAUAUAUUUCAGAUUUUUCAGCUAUAUUGCUGUUUACAUAUGUACAGUUCACAUAACUUUUUAAUAAAUUGAUACUCCGAUA